AGCUUAAAGGGCCUUUAAAACCCCUUUUGCCCCACUGGCAACAAUUGUUGCCAACGUUUAUCACUGUCAUUUUCGACUCACAAUAAAAAAUCUCAAAGGUACUAAUGCAACUUUUUCCACUUAUAUGCUAGUAGACAACUUAGACAAAGGUUUUGAUUUUUAAAAAAUCGUUUCCAAGUGCUUCCUAUCACAUGACAUCAUCUGCUUCCUGCUCUUUCUGGCUGAAGACAUGGCGGAUGCAAAUCAUCCUGGAAAGAGGUACACCGUAGCAGAGAUCCUGGCCAUGCUGCAGGACUCUGAAACUGUGGCGGACAUCACAGUUGUGCCUGAGUCAGAAAUGCACGCACAUGACACAGACUGUGACAGUGACCAAUCUGAUGAUGAGGCCACUGGUGACCAUAACCGCCUCCCAUCAAGAGUACUCAAAGGUGAAGGCUUUCUACCUAAUUCGGACAUGCAGCUGCCAAAUCCCCCCGAUGAUGAUCCUGGGUGCUCAUCCUCAGUGAGUCAGACAGAGACUAGAAAGGUCAGUGGCACAAAUGAAAAGGUGACCAGUCAGAUUGUUGGGCCCAUGCUCCACAAAACUAAGAACCAAGACAGGAAAUUCAAAAAAAUCAAAAUUGCGGCCAAAGCACCAGCACAAGCCAACAAAAAAUAUCAGAUCCCUCGCUAUGUCCCCAAAGAACAUGAUCCUGGCUUCACAUCAGAUGAUCCAGUGGAUAUCUUCCUCACAUUUUAUCCCAAGUCCCUCAGAGAUGUCACACUGGAAAUGUCCAAUCUCUACGCUGAACAAAAAGGGAAAACGCUCAACCUGACUGAGGAUGAACUUCUUACAUUCUACGGUAUUCUGUUGAUCAGUGGAUACAACACAGUCCCAAGGCGGCGUCUUCUCUGGUCAGACGAUUGUGAUGUCAGCAACAAUGCUGUAAAAGAUGCCAUGCGGAGGAACAGGUUUGAUGAAAUUAUGUCUUCUGUUCAUUUAGUAGACAACAUGAAGAUCACAGCUGACCCGUUCUUCAAGGUGCGUCCCCUUUUUAAGCAUCUAAAUGACAUCAACAACGCAAUCCCGAUAGCAGAACAUGUGGCAGUAGAUGAGAUGAUGAUUGAGUAUUUUGGAAGGCAUGGGUGCAAACAGUUUAUUAGAGGGAAGCCUAUUCGUUUUGGGUAUAAAAUAUGGAGCUUAGCAUCCUCCUCCGGGUUUGUCCAUCAGAUGGAGCCAUAUGUAGGAAGCCACACACAUCUGGUGGAAACUGGACUUGGUCAGGGUCCAAGUGUGGUUCUUGGCCUGGCAGAGAAAGCUGAAGUGCCACCUGGAGUCAAGUUUUACCACGACAACCUCUUCACAACCCUGUCCCUGGUGGAUGAGAUGACCCUGAGAGGCUAUGGCAGCUGUGGCACGAUGCGUAGAACAUGCAUGAAAGAUGAUGGAAUGUAUGGGAAGAAAUAUGUUAUAUAUGUUUUUAUGUUUUUAUGUUUUUAGAGGUUCUAAGAAAAAAAUGUUUGUUGAGUUUUUGAGUAUAAAAAAAUUGAGAAUAAAGAAAUCAGUUCAAAUUGUUUGAUGUUUUGAAUUUUAUACAGGGGGAACCUGAGGCUCCACCUUUUUGUUAUUAUUUAUUAUGACUAUAUUAUUAUUUUGUUCUUAUUAUAUUAUUAUUAUUACUUCUCUAUUAUUAUUAUUAGGUGACAUUUGCCUUAGUGACAAGCUGUGUGACUACUGGCAACAAUUGUUGCCAGUCAUAAAAAUGCUAUUUUCUUCAAAAAAAAGUACAAAAUGGAAAAAAUAAAUACAUAACAUGAUUCAGAGGGACUCAACUGAUAAAAUGAUAUGCCUUACAACUCUGAAAAAAAUCUGGGAAGGAACGGGUACAACCUC